GGCGUCCGGAACGCAUGCGCCUUCUACUAUCAUACCGCAAUUUAGUGAUCGCGAAGUCUUUCCAGAAAGAAAGCAAGCACAAGUAACGGAACGGUAAAGUGACACACGCAUUGUAGUAAAGUUUGAAACAAACCGCGGUGUGCAAACAGUAACGAUGGCGUCGUUAAAGUUCGAUGAUAAUAAAGUACCGUACCUAGACCUUGGCAAAGGCUAUCGGAUCGCACUGGAGAACACCGAGUUUACCGAUGCCAAGUCCAAGGAAAAGGCGGCCCGGGAACUGCGUGAAACACCGGAGGUAGUGGAAAAGUCAAUGGCGGAGUUGCGGACGCUGCUGCAAGCGGAGAAGACUCUCUACAUUCCGAUGGAAGAUGAUCCCUUCAUGAUCAAGUUUCUGCGUCCGUGUAAAUAUUACGCACAAAGCGCGUUCGAGCUGAUCCAACGCUAUUAUCGCUUCAGAAUGAAGCAUCCCGAUCUGUGCGAUGAGCUGUACCCAGCGUCGGCGAAACACGUCUACGCGGAGGGACUGGUCCACUUCCUGCCACUGCGAGAUCAGCAUGGAUCGCGGAUUCUGGUGUUGGAGUGUGGCAAAAAAUGGAAACCAUCCAUCGUUUCGCUCAACGAUCUGUUCCGCGCCGUUCAGAUCGCGCUGGAGGCGGGCAUGUAUGAGCCGCGGACGCAACUGAACGGUGCGGUCGUCAUUCUCGACAUGGAAGGACUUGCCCUGUCUCAGAUCAUGCAGUUUACACCCAAGUUUGCUGCGAUGGUACUUGACUGGAUACAGCAAUGUGUGGCAAUGCGGCUCAAAUCCGUACAUAUCGUCAACAACUCGUACCUAUUCAACAUGCUGUUCGCAAUCUUUAAGCCAUUCAUUACGGAAAAGCUACGCAAACGGUUAUUCUUCCACCAAAAAGAUUGGAGCUCACUGAUGACUCACAUCGAUGCAAAAUGCCUGCGGCCCAAGUACGGCGGAACACUCGAAUGCUUGGAAACCGACGGAGCACUACUUGGAGAGAUGUUUGAGCUCUACCACAAGGAGUAUGAACUUGCCAACUCUUUCGGAUACCUGCGGAAGAAGGAUUAGAUUUUAGUAACCAGGCGCACUCGAAGAUCAUCUUCGUCAGCAUAUAGCACUAAUGGGAGAAUAGAAUUUAAAUCAUGCUAUAAGCAUGUUGUUUUGUAAAAUAGGGUUUUGUGGUUCUUCAAGUGGGGCUAGCCAUAAACGAAUGCCUGUUGCAUUUGAGUACAAUAAAUGAAUCAACCUGCACCAAACCAACCAAAUGCAGCCAUCGUUUCUUGU